CAACCAAACCGAACCGAAGAAGUGGGUUCCCAAACACAGUCCCUGAAUUAAAUCCCAGUCAAAAUCAGUUCUCAACACUCAAAAUCCACUAUGCCAAAAUCCACCUCCAUAAAUUCCUCAAUUCUACUCUUCAUCUUCUUCUUCUUCUAUUUCCUCCUUUCAUCAUUUCAAUUAACAGCAUCAUCAAAUUUUCAGAAAUCAAACCCUGGUUUCCUCGGAAAAUUUGCUCAAAAGAUUCAACAAAAACCAUACCAAUAUGAAACCAAAUACUACACACAAACACUUGAUCAUUUCAGUUUCUCAGACCUCCCAACUUUUCAGCAAAGGUAUCUUAUCAGUACUGAUCACUGGUCAGGUCCUAAACGAUUAGGUCCAAUUUUCUUAUACUGUGGAAAUGAAGGUGAUAUUGAAUGGUUUGCUUCUAAUACUGGUUUUGUUUGGGAAAUUGCUCCUCGGUUUGGUGCUAUGGUUGUUUUCCCUGAACAUCGGUACUAUGGGAAAUCAAUGCCGUAUGGAAGUAGAGAAAAGGCGUAUGAGGAUUCUGCAUCAUUGGCACAUCUUACUGCUGAACAAGCAUUAGCGGAUUUUGCGGUUUUAGUGACUGAUUUGAAAACAAAUUUGUCUGCUGAGGCAUGUCCUGUUGUGUUGUUUGGUGGAUCAUAUGGUGGAAUGUUAGCAGCGUGGAUGAGAUUGAAGUAUCCACAUAUUGCUAUCGGAGCACUUGCUUCUUCUGCACCAAUACUGCAAUUUGAAAACAUUGUGCCUCCAGAAACAUUCUAUGAUAUAGUAUCAAAUGAUUUCAAGCGUGAAAGUGUAAGCUGCUUUGACUAUAUUAAGAAUUCAUGGGAGGCGAUAGAAGCUGAGGGGAAGAAGGCUGACGGUUUAUCACACCUAACCAGAACAUUCCACUUGUGCCAGAAAUUGAAUAGCACUGAUGACCUGUCAAACUGGUUGAGCUCGGCCUAUAGUUAUUUGGCAAUGGUGGAUUACCCUUAUCCUUCAGAAUUUCUUAUGCCUUUGCCUGCCAAUCCCAUCAAAGAGGUAUGCAAGAAAAUUGAUGAUCAUCCUCAGGAAGCUGGUGUUCUAGAGCGUAUAUUUUCAGGAGUUAGCAUCUAUUACAACUAUACUGGAACUGUUGAUUGCUUUGACCUUGGAGAUGAUCCACAUGGAAUGAGUGGUUGGGACUGGCAGGCUUGCACUGAAAUGGUUAUGCCUAUGUCCAGUAGCAAACACAACAGCAUGUUUCCGGCAUAUGAUUAUAACUACUCUUCUUUCCAAGAUCAAUGCUUUAAGGAUUAUGCUGUCAAGCCAAGAAAUCGAUGGAUUACCACUGAAUUUGGUGGUCAUGAUUUGAAGACGACUUUAAAAACAUUUGGAAGUAACAUUAUCUUCUCAAAUGGGCUUUUGGAUCCUUGGAGUGGCGGAAGUGUGCUGCAGAAUGUGUCGGAAACAGUAAUUGCUCUAGUUACAAAGCUAGGUGCACAUCACAUAGAUCUACGUGCUGCGACAAAUGAAGAUCCUGAUUGGUUAUUAGAACAAAGGACAUCUGAAAUCAAUGUGAUUAAAGAAUGGAUAAACAACUACUACCAAGAAAAGGUGACCCUGCUAAGCAUGUAGAAUCAGAAUGGUAAUCUUACAGGGAUGGGCACUUCAUUGGUGAUGGUAGUACCCGCCUGGGACCCUGAUCACCUGCCAGCAUGAAAAGAGCCUAUAAGAUACACAGUAGAAUCUUAGUCGGACAGGUUUUUAAGGAAUAAUUGGUAUUUAUGAUCAAAGCCGUCUUAUAGACCAGGUCAGCUAGGCUAUUGCCUAGAGCCUCACAUGGUUGGGCCCAAAACUUUAAUUUUUCUUACUAUCUUGACAAUCUUUUUUUUUUUAAAGCAUUAAAAUGUUGUUUGUUAUCCGUGUACUACCGCCUACUGCUUUCCAAUUCCAUCUAGCUAUCCACUAUUGCACACUUUAAUGUAAGAACAUCAGAAUUCAAUUUAUUAAGCAGUUUUCUUGAAACUAA